CGCCAACGCCAACGCCAACGCCAACGCCGCCGCUCCUCCCAAGACCUCGGCGUCGCGUUCCUCUUCCUCGGCUAAUCACGAUGGGGUUUUGGCAAAAUCGAGCGCCAUUUUCGGACCCCGCAUCCCCGGAAACCCUAGGGUGAGGGAAAUCCCCAAAUCCGCUGAUGGAGCGGAAGAGAUCGGCGUAGAUCCCGAGGGAAAAGAGGUUCAGGGCAAAGCUCUUGUAGACUCUGUGGCACUUGGAUACUCAGAAGAAAGGAUCAAAAAUUUUGGGAGAAAAUUGAAGGAGCGUAGGGAUUUUUUUCCUUGCACUAUUUCGGUUAGCCAGAAGACUAAAAGGAAAUACCAUCACAAGAGACGGCCAGAUGAUCUUAGAGGAUCCGUACUGUCUAAUGAUUUUAUUGAGAAGCAGAGAGCGUAUUUUGCGGAAGUUGACGCGUUUCAACUGCCCGAGGAAGAAGUCUCAGAGGGCGAUCUUGAGUAGCUAAGUGGUAACCAAUACCUUCAUGUUCUUUAUAUAGGUGUGAACACAGAUCACUAACCCGCAAUUUGUAGAGUAGCAUACACUAUACAAGCUAAAAAGGUAACCAAAUAUUUUGACUAAAGAAGAUCUGAAAUUUUAAAUAUAGUAAAGAUAACUACUAAAUAAAUUUGCUUGCUAUAAGCCUAUAACUACUAAAUACAUGUACUUUCUAGUGUUGAAAGAGAAUUAUAGACUUGCAUCAACAAAAAGCUUCGAAAGCAAUACACCUGCAUUUCAGUCUUCUAGUAGGACAUAUUUGUUACUCUUCUCAUAAAUAAUUCCACUUUGCACAGUAUCUCUAUGAUAACAAUGAAAAUGUUUCAGAACCUACUGUAGCUGGCGUUUAAAUGAUUUUGAUUUCAUGUUUUAGUUACUGUGUAAUUAAUGCAUAGUUACACAGAUUUAUUCUACAAUUGAAACACCUGUCAUGUACUGAAUCCUACUAUUAUUUUCACACGAAUUCUAUCGUUCUCUGAUGAGUAA